GCAAUCAUUUUAUGUAUUGUGGUUCAGACUUUCAAACGUGUUAAAACCCAUCACAUAUAAGCGAAAAGCCAUUAGAAGUUUGCCGUGUAGUGGAUAACCUUCUAACCAUGAUUCUCUUGUACAACUUGAUUUUCUUUCUGGUUUCGCCAGUUCUUCUGAUCACCUCCCAUCCAGUUCCCGAGGGAGAUUCAGAUGUAACCAACAAGUGCUCUCUAACGGAAGAAGACCUCGGCAAACUAAAGGCAGCCAUCUCUAGCGCUGCGAGUGCCAAAUCUUCCGAAGAUCCCAUACUGUCCAACGAAACCCUUGCCGAGUGUCCGAUGUUGACGAACUUCACCGAGAUGCUGAAAACCGUAGCCACCGACAUGGAAGUCCUGAAGUCGCAAGGCGUCUCCAAUGCGGAGGUGGAUCUGCUCCGAGAGUCCUUCGAAGAGAAGCUUAACGAAAUCGCGAAAAAUAAGGACAUUUUCGAGAGACAGACCAACCAGGACAGCGUCAAGGCCGAAGGGGAAAUGGUUGACAAGAUUAACAUGCUGCGAGUCGAGAUGGCCAAACUGCAGCAGGACAUCGAAGAGCAAACCAAGCAGAUGUACGCCGACAUGACGGAGUACAUAUUCGAACGGUUGAAGAUGAACGACACGGAGGCGAUUGACAGUUAUGCACAAAUAAUGUUCAAAACCAAAAUGCACGAUCUUUUCAUGAAGCUGAAAACCGAUCGCUGGGUACUGUGGAAGAUGGUGAACUACGUGGAGAAAACAAAGAAUAAAAUAUUGGGCCGAAGGGUGCUCAACACGAUUAUCGAUCAGGUGACCAGACUGAAGCUGGCCGUACCGGAAGAGGUGGAGAUCGGCAAGGACUCGCUGGUAAAUCUGCUGUGCUGGAAGUUCACCGCCGAUACGAUCUACGGGACGGUGGCCGAGGAUCAGAGGAUAUUCAACCUGAUGAAGUUGUUCUUCCCGAUGGAGAAGGGCUGCAAGGACUGCGCGGACGUUAAGAGCCGCACCUUGUGCAGCAAUAGCUACCCGAAAAGUAUCGCGAAGGCUUUUGGAUAGGCGGACGAUAAAUAAAUUGAGUAUG